AUUGUUCUUAUCAUCGUCCGUCCGUCUCUUCUGCCGCGGACCCGAGAGAGAGAGAGAGAGAGAGAAAGAGAGAGAGAGGGAGGUGCCAUGGGAGUCCCGGCCUUCUAUAGAUGGCUUGCCGAUCGAUACCCUCUCGCGAUCUCGGACGUGAUCGAGGAGGAGCCCGCUGAGGUUGAGGGCGCCGUCGUCCUCUCCAUCGAUCUCACCAAACCUAACCCUAACGGUGUCGAAUUCGACAAUCUUUACCUCGACAUGAACGGCAUCAUCCAUCCCUGCUUCCACCCUGAAGGAAGGCCUUUGCCUGCCACGUAUGAUGAUGUUUUCAAGUCUAUAAUUGACUAUAUUGAUCAUCUUUUUCGUCUGGUUCGACCUAGAAAGCUGUUGUAUAUGGCAAUAGACGGUGUUGCACCCAGGGCUAAAAUGAAUCAGCAGCGAUCUCGACGUUUUAGAGCUGCAAAAGAUGCGGCUGAUGCGGAAGCUGAAGAGGAGAGAUUGAGAAAGGAAUUUGAGGCUGAAGGAAGAAAUUUGACUCACAAGGAGAGACCUGAAACAUCUGACUUAAAUGUCAUAACUCCAGGGACUCAGUUCAUGGCGGCACUUUCAGUUGCACUUCAAUAUUACAUACAUUUGAGAUUGAAUCACACUCCUGGAUGGCAGUCUAUUAAGGUUAUCUUGUCCGAUGCGAACGUUCCUGGAGAGGGUGAACAUAAGAUCAUGUCAUACAUUCGCUUACAAAGAAAUCUUCCUGGUUUUGAUCCAAACACCCAUCACUGUCUUUAUGGUUUGGAUGCAGAUCUAAUUAUGCUUUCUUUGGCUACCCAUGAGGUCCACUUCUCAAUUUUACGAGAGGUGAUCUCCAUGCCAGGACAACAAGAAAAAUGCUUUCUCUGUGGUCAGAUUGGGCAUUUUGCAGCUGACUGCAAAGACAAGUCUGGUGAGCAAACUUCUGAGGAUGGGAAGGCUGUGGAUGAUACCCCAAUUUACAAAAAGAAAUAUCAGCAGUUUCUUAACAUCUGGGUUUUGCGAGAGUACUUAAAGAAUGAUUUGGAAAUACCUGAUCCUCCAUUUGAGAUAAACUUUGAACGGCUUGUGGAUGAUUUUGUCUUUCUCUGCUUCUUCGUGGGAAAUGAUUUUCUUCCCCACAUGCCUACGUUUGAAAUUCGUGAGGGUGCGAUAAACCUGCUUAUGUUUAUUUAUAAAAAGGAGUUUGCAGCAAUGGGUGGUUAUCUUACAGAUGCGGGUGAGGUUUCAUUGGAUCGGGUAGAGCAUUUCAUCCAGUCAGUUGCCGUUUAUGAAGAACAAAUUUUUCAAAAGCGUGCUCGUAUUCAGCAGGCAAUUGAAAAUAAUGAAGAGCUAAAGCUUAAAACGCAGAGAGAAAUCCCUGAAAAUCUUCAGUCUAUGUCCCCAGACAAGGUAAAGUUAGGGGAACCUGGGUACAAGGAAAGGUACUAUGCUGAGAAAUUCAAUAUAGAAGAACCAAAGUCCAUUGAUGAUGUCAGGAAAGAUGUUGUCCAAAAAUAUGUAGAAGGCCUUUGCUGGAUUAUGAGAUAUUACUACCAAGGUGUCUGCUCUUGGCAGUGGUUCUACCCAUAUCAUUAUGCCCCUUUUGCAUCCGAUCUCAAAGGAUUGGCUGAUUUGGAGAUUACGUUUUUUCUGGGUCAACCUUUUAAGCCAUUUGAUCAACUAAUGGGAACACUUCCAGCUGCCAGCUCCAGUGCCUUGCCUGAGCAUUACAAGGCAUUGAUGACUGAUCCAGCAUCACCCUUAAGCACCUUUUAUCCCAAAGAUUUUGAGAUAGACAUGAAUGGUAAACGCUUCGCAUGGCAGGGAGUUGCAAAACUGCCAUUCAUUGAUGAGAGACGGUUGCUUGCUGAGACAAAAAAGCUUGAAUACACUUUAACGGAACAAGAGAAAUCUCGAAAUAAAAUAAUGUUUGACAUAAUUUAUGUCCAUGAUAGUCAUCCAUUGGCUGCACAAGUUGUUUUACUAUAUCAAAUGUGUCCAUUACCAACAGAAGAUCCAUUAUAUUUCAUUCCAAUUGACACACGUGUUAGUAAUGGAAUGAAUGGAUUCCUUUGUUUAUGUGAGAGGAACCACUAUAACACAUCUGUACCUGCACUAGUCAAAGGGUUAAAUUCUGUUGAAAAUAACAGAGUCUUGAAUGCAACAUAUCUUAAUCCCCAGCACCACAAACACAUAGCAGAACCUCCUGAAGGCGUGAUCAUGCCUGCAAAGGUUUUGAAACCUCAAGACAUCAAACCUUUCCCUGUAUUAUGGCAUGAAGACAGUAACGGACGUCGUCAGCAAGCUAGAGAGAGGCUACAGGUGCCUGGAACGCUCUCUGGCCAUGUUUUAGGAGAAGCGGCACAUCGUCUGGUUAAAAAUUCUUUACAAAUCAAAUCCAACAACACUGGAAGAUUGCUUGAGACACCCUGUAGGAAUGCUGCACAGGGUGUUAACAAGCCCAGACCUGCUGGACCAUUGGGAUAUGAAAGAGGUUUCAUGGAGGACAAAGAGUAUUAUCGGUCUUCUACCUAUAACCCUCCUAGCUGUAACAUACAAGGUUUCUCAAAUCCUAGGCUGUCUCAGUUUGCUUCUGAUUUCCAAGGAUGUAGUCAGAACUUCAGGAUGCAGAAAUCAAAUUUUCAAGACCAUUCGAACAUUAGUACAGGGUUACCUAAUCCGACAAUUGAAGAGGGGCUAAGAUUCCGGUCACAUCCAAGGAUGCCAAAUGCUCGAUACUGGCCAAAUCAUCAGCAGCGCAUCCAGAAUGCAGGGCCACCACCACCGUUGCCGCCAAUUAACUGGAUUGGUAAACAGACAAGUGGUUUUAUGGAUGGAUUUCACAUACAAGUGCCUACGAACUGGACUGGUAGGCAACCAACAAGGGGUUAUGUGGGCGGAUUUGGCAGGCAAGAGAUAUCCACCAGGGGCAUGUAUGAUAAGCAGCAGCAGCAGCAGAUAAGCAAGGUAUAUCGGGUUAAAUCACAGACACAGGAGCCAACAAAUUCGUGUAACCAUCAGUGAAUGUGCUGCAUCUCAACACAUUAUUUUUCUUUCUGUCAAUUUAAAAUCUGAUGCCCUGUGUGUAAUGUACGAUUAGAAGCGUUGGGUGAUGCGCCCUCCUAUCAGUCCGUGUAAUAUAUACGUUACUUUACCCAUAUAACAUUUUAUUAGAAUAUUAGAAGGCUAUGUACUGCAAUGCACAUGAGAGUCGGGUUCUACAUUUUAGUUUUUUUUUGGUCUGUGAUGCACUUGAAAAUAUUGGGUGCAAUAACCACAGGCAUUAUCAGA